UUGCCAGCAACAACCUCGUCUUCUCGAGAAUUUGUUUCCUUUUUUGUUCGGAAAAGAGGCCAGAUUAGAGACCGCGCCUUUUAAUUGAAAUUGAUGUAAACAUUACAGAAAUGACUUCUGAUAAAUAGGAAGUUACAGAAGCCAUGUUUAGGAAAGGCUUCAGUACGUUGCUGAAGCAGAAGCUUGUCAAUAAUGUACCAAAAAGAUGCGCAUAUCUUAAGCUUGGCAAAUAUAACAGUUGGAGACAAUCACAGGAUGGAAGGAGAGUCAAAUUUGCACUGGUUAUGCUUGGUACAGUCGCUGGAGCGGGAGGCCUACUCGGAGUCUACGUAAAUUAUGCAUCAAACCAAGCCAAAGAUGACAGGAAAAAGAAGAUAGUUGUCCUUGGUUCAGGUUGGGGUGCAGUCAGUUUUCUUAAACACUUGAAACCAGAUUCUUAUGAAGUGUCAGUGGUUUCUCCAUCAAACUACUUUCUUUUUACACCAUUCCUUCCAAGUGUCACUGUUGGAACAGUUGAGGGUAGAAGCAUUGUUGAACCAAUUAGGAAGAUCAUCAGAAAAUACCAAAAACAAAGUGCAGAGUUUUAUGAGGCAGAAUGCAUUGGUGUUGAUGCAAAUGAAAAAAGAGUUUAUUGUCAAGACACUUCAGGGAUUAUUGGAAAGCAAAGUGAUUUUUCGUUGGAUUAUGAUAUUCUUGUUGUUGCUGUUGGUGCAGAGACUGCUACAUAUGGUACCCCAGGGGUGAAAGAGUACACACAUUUCUUGAAAGAUAUUAAGGAUGUUCAGAGAAUAAGAAGCAACAUAAUGGAUCACCUUGAAACAGCUGCAUACCCAGGCCAAGAGGACUCAGAAGUUUCCAGACUCCUGCAUUUUGUUGUUGUUGGGGGUGGUCCAACAGGUGUGGAAUUUGCUGCUGAGUUGAGAGACUUUGUUGGCAGUGAGCUAUCAAUAUUGUAUCCAAAAAUUAAAGAUAAAAUAAAAUUGACACUUAUUGGAGGAUAUCGAGGAGUUCUUAGCACCUAUGAUCAAGAGAUAGGCAAUUAUGUCGAGGACAAGUUUAAAGACGAUAAUAUUGAAAUAGUGCAAGGGGCACGUGUUUUGGAAAUAAACAGUAGUGAUAUAAAAUUGAGAGACGGAAAAACAAAGGAGACAGUGGACUUGCCAUAUGGUAUGUGCGUAUGGGCUGCAGGAAUUUCCCCUCGGCAGCUGACCAAAGAUAUCAUAAAAAGUAUUCCCGGACAAAGAAACAAAAAUGCUCUUUUAACUGACGAUUACCUCCAAGUUAAAAAUGCUCCGGGUGUGUUUGCAAUUGGUGAUUGUGGCACUAUUGAAAUGAAAAAGUUAAUGAGCGAUGUUACUGAUCUUUUUGAAAAAGCAGAUGCCAACAAAGACGGAUCCCUGUCAAUGGACGAGUUUCGUGAGAUCAUGGAGCAAGCUAAGAAUCUUUAUCCUCAAGUCUCGCUGCAUUUUUCGACAGAAUACAACGAGUCUUUGCAGAGGGCGUUUGAAAAAGCUGACGAGAACAAAGAUCAGCGAUUAAGUCUCGAUGAAUUCAAAGGAAUUCUAGCAGAGAUAGACAAAGAAUUGAAAUCGCUACCAGCUACUGCACAAGUUGCUACGCAGCAGGGCAGGUAUCUCGCAAACUUUCUAUCCACCAAGGCGCAAGGUGAUGUCGGAAAAGAGGCUAAUCAGGAUCUUGCGGCUCUAGGUGCUGUUCCUUUUGCCUACCGUCAUCUAGGGUCAUUUGCAUAUGUGGGAAACAACAGAGCAGUGCUAGAGUUGCCCCUUAUUGGAUCUUUCAAAGGUUUUGGAGCAAUGUUGUUGUGGCGAGCAGCUUACACAAAUGAAUGUGUUGGCAUGCGAAUGAAAGUCUUGGUUGUCUUUGAUUGGCUGAAGUCAGAAAUCUUUGGAAGAGAUACAUCAAGGAUAUAGUCACUUUUAUGACUGAAAGCUUGUACAAUUUUGUGACCUUAUUCUUAUAACUUUUAUGCAAUUCGACGCACUUUAGAGGGCUUGGGGAAGUAAAGAUUAUAAUACCACAUUGGGUUGUACUAGAAUUGUAAUAAGAGGCAAACGAUAAAAGUGUCAACAGAACAAAAUUGCACACAACUAGAAGUGUUGGAACUUCCUACUUAUAUUGCAAAGUAGGAUGACAAGAAAGUCAUUCAAAUUUCAUUAAGUGCUGAUGUAGGAUGGCUGCCGACCUGGAGGUUGUAUGGGAAGCCGAGAUUGGGGGCUUUAUCCCAGUUUAUUCCUUUACAAUAUGAACAUAUGAACGAAAACUAUUGUGCUCCACUUAUUAAAAAUUUGUCUUUUUGGUAAUGUUUAUGAAAGGUACUAGACUUGUUCCCUUUAAUGUCUGAAUGAGCAACAGGCUCUUUGAAGACCAACUCUUCACCAUGUUUGUCACUAUAGUUAAAGAAGUGCCUUUUUACUUGCCUUUUGUUGCAAUAUACUGUGCAUCUGUGCAUUUUAAGCAUCAAACAUGAUGCCAAGAUACGUAAUGUGUGUAGCUUCUCAAUUAAAGUUAUCUAGAUAUUUAUCUUGCAUUAGUUUUUAGAUAUCAUAUUGAGGAAUGACGUCAAAACGUUGAAUGAUUACGGAUGUUCUUAAGAGACGCAGACUUUUUUAAAGUAAAUGGCGUUUCCGAAAAUGUUUGACGGCAAUGGUAGGGGUUCUCUGGGUGUGAACUACGUCUCUUUGACUUUAAAUUGCCCCUUGUACUUGGCCAUUUCUUGUAGCUUGCUUUCAAGAUGCAAGUAAUUUGAUUAAAAAUUCCCGCUAAAGGCAGUCUGUCCCCUAUUGUGCUCAACUUUAUUUUCACGGGAGUGAAAUUCAGGCACCGUCUAGCUUGAUCGAUCAUUAAACGAUUUGAAUCAAUUAGAGACAACUUUAAUUCACGAUCUUUUGAAUCAAAUGGCUGUGUUCCCGUUGAAGUGAAGCUGUGGCUAAAAAAAUUUUGUUCCCUGUUUGGUUUGUGUGACAGACAUGUCAACACCAAAAGAAAAUGCCUCCAGUAUCAUCAUUUUAUUCCAGUAGCUAAAUCUUCUUGCCAUUUCUGAUAGCUUUUUGCUCGCAGUUUCAAAUGUCGUCCACUACUAGUGGCUAGCCAGGCCAGCCAAAGAGAGCAGCGUAAUCCGUUAGAGUGGGAAGACCAAUUGUUUAUAUUAGCCAAUCAUUGAGGGGACGGACUGCUUUUAAUAGGCGUGAUAUCAAGUGUGGCCCCACAGUUUAGGGAUUUAGUGCCUGUCAUAUGCUCAAAUAUAACGAUUUGUGUCCUAUCGAGGAAAUUUCCGACCCAACUUCGUUGAAAUUCCUCUAGUUAGCGUAAAAUGAAACGCAAAUACUUCAUUCUGCACUAACAAGAAUUUUCUGGUUUGUAUUAAAAUUUAUGUGCAACAUAAUCUGGAAAAUAUUUCGAGACUUGUGACAAAAAUAUUUCUUUUAGCGGUGAUCGGAAAUAGAAGUUUCUUCCACUUCUCCGCAACAAUUCUUUCUUUACCACCGCUGCUGUCUACAAUACUUUAUCCUCAUUUUUGCAUAUAUGGAACAGCUAAAUAAUUCCUUUUCACUGCUAAAGUGUUUUGAAGGGGAAAUUAAAUGUUCGAAGCCAAUAUCACUUUAAGAAAUACAUUGGAAGCCUCAAGAAGCUUCAGUUUAUUGUAUUAUGUGAUAGCAUUUAGUUAUUACAGUCUUAUUAUUGACUUUAUCAAACAUUUACCGAAAGAAAUGUCACUUAUUUUUUAUCGCAAGGAGUUAUUAACAUUUGUAUAAUGUUUUGAGAUUUAACUUUGUGUAUACUCUGUAGGUUCCAGGUGAAUAUUGCAAUAGUAUCAUGAAAAGUUUGCUUUCAAUUCA